GCUUUGAACAUACUGUACUGGUACUUUCACUUCCUGAAUCCAGUCAGCAGCCUAUGUCUAGUAAUAACAACAUAUCAUAAGUGAUAUUAUGUUCUUACAGCUUAUAGCAUAUCAAUCUAACUGUCUGUCUAACUGGAUUACAAAGAAGCUGAUUUGACCCGUAACAAAUGCAGAAGAAGACGUGUUCCUCUGUUAAGGGUCGGACUCAUCUGCAAUUGCAAUGUGGAUUUGUUUAAGUCUACUGAUCUCCAUUCCUUUCUCAAAGGGUUCAGAUGUUGACACACUUGAGGUCCAGUACACAGUGCAUCAUGGCCCAGGUGGCAAGCGGCAGUUUCAGCAGACAACUCUGUUCAAUGGACACGUGAUAUUUAACUGUAACAGCCCAACACUGAGAGACCAGCCAAGACAGGAAUGGGUAACACAAGCAUUCACCCAAGAGGAACUCGAGGAAAGACACCAGCAGUGUGCAAGUCAGUGUAAUAAGCACUUUGCUUCAUUUGAGAAGAUAAAACAGACUAUCACUGCUUCAGCAGAUAUUCUUCAAAGACGUCAGGGUUGUGUAAUAAACUCCUCUCUUGAUGAGUGGGGUGUGAAUGGUGAGGACUUCCUGACCUUUGACCCUGAUGCUCUUAAAUGGACGGCUCAUACUGAUGAGGCCAACCCUUUAGCAUCAGAGUGGGAUGGAAAGCGCAUUAUGAAUAAUGAUUACAAAGCUUUUGGCAAUAAUUUGUGCAGAAAGAAGAUGAAGAUGAAGCAAGCAGGAAGGGCCACUAAUGGUGCACACACAGGUAUGGAGCUUCUUAUCUUUGGAAAAUCCAUCCCAGGAGGAACGUUCACAUAUUUACAGUGUCAUGUGACAGGCUCCAGCCUAUCAGGAGUCAGCAUCCAGUUAACUAAAGAUGGGGUUCCUCUUGAUCAUGGAGUUAAUCACACAGGACCUCGUCCCAAUGGAGAUGGAACAGUUCAGAUGAGAGUCCAGGUUAUGACCACAAUGGACCACAGCAAAACAUAUCGAUGUGAAGUUCAUAGUGAGAAUUUCAACAAGACUGUUGUCUUUGGUGAGAACUCUGUUUUCACCAAUGACCGAUCAACUCAUCAGAUUACUGUGGUUCAGGUUGCUGCAAGUGUGAUCAUUGUGCUUGUUACAUGUGACAUUGUGGUUGUUUGUGUAAUAUUUUGGUAUUCUUUUGACGGGUGGGCACUUUUAAGACAUUUUGUCACAGGUGCCAGAUAAAGCGGUUCAGAGAGAUGGUCUACACACUAUGUAGGUGCCAGCACUUCAGUAGGAGCCCAGCUCACUCUUUCUCAGUUGGUCAUGUGAUAUCUAUCACUCUUACCCACCU